AUGGCCCUCGCUGUCCCAGCUACGAGCGAGGUGGUUAGCUGCGACACGUCCUCGGCCCCCUUCAACCCUCUCAGCCCAGUUGCGCUAUAUGACCGAGUCCAACAAUUCUGCAAUUCAAUGCACCUCAAACACCUGGGCGUUGAAAAAGUCUCGUACGACUUUUAUCGCCCAAACAGCAACCAGCUGAUCCGUGUCAACAUGGCGCUCGCAUAUGUGGCCGGCGGGAGCACGGUCGUCUUUGCAAAUGGGUGCAUCAAUAUGUUCGGGUCGAUCUGGAAUAACUGCAAACCAUACAACCCGCAGCAUUGGCGUGGAGGUGUUAGUUUUAGCGACGACCAGAAGUGGAAAGCAAUGGUUACGACCUCGCAGAUCUAUUAG